CCGCCCGGGCCCGGCCGCGCUCCGUCCGCCCGCCGCUCACUGACGGAGGCUGCCGCAGGAUGAGAAGAUGGCGGGCCGGCUGCUCGCACCCCCGGGCCCCGACAGCUUCAAGCCCUUCACCCCGGAGUCCCUGGCCAACAUCGAGAAGCGCAUCGCCGAGGACAAGGUCAAGAAGCCGCCCAAGCCCGACAGCAGCCACCGGGACGACGACGAGGACAGCAAGCCCAAGCCCAACAGCGACCUGGAGGCCGGCAAGAGCUUGCCCUUCAUCUACGGCGACAUCCCGCAGGGCCUGGUGGCCGUGCCCCUCGAGGACUUCGACCCCUACUAUUUGACGCAGAAAACCUUCGUAGUGCUAAACAGAGGGAAGACGCUCUUCCGAUUCAGUGCCACGCCUGCCUUGUAUAUUUUAAGUCCCUUUAACCUGUUGCGGAGAAUAGCUAUUAAAAUUCUGAUACAUUCAGUGUUCAGCAUGAUCAUCAUGUGCACGAUCUUGACCAACUGCGUCUUCAUGACCUUCAGUAACCCCCCCGAAUGGUCGAAGAACGUGGAGUACACGUUCACGGGGAUUUACACGUUCGAAUCGCUGGUGAAGAUCAUCGCGAGGGGUUUCUGCAUAGACGGCUUCACCUUCCUCCGAGACCCGUGGAACUGGUUGGACUUCAGCGUCAUCAUGAUGGCGUACGUGACGGAGUUCGUCGACCUGGGGAACGUCUCGGCGCUGAGAACGUUCAGAGUUCUGCGAGCGUUGAAGACCAUCUCCGUCAUCCCGGGCCUGAAGACCAUCGUGGGAGCCCUGAUCCAGUCGGUGAAGAAGCUGUCGGACGUGAUGAUCCUGACGGUGUUCUGCCUCAGCGUCUUCGCCCUCAUCGGGCUCCAGCUGUUCAUGGGGAACCUGAGGAACAAGUGCGUCAUCUGGCCCAUCCGCUUCAACGACAGCUUCCUGGACAACGGCACCCGCGGCUUCGACUGGGACGAGUACAUCAACAACGACUCCAAUUUUUACACGAUUCCCGGGAUGUUGGACCCUUUGCUCUGCGGGAACAGCUCCGACGCUGGCCAGUGCCCCGAGGGCUACCUGUGCAUGAAGGCGGGGCGGAACCCAAACUACGGCUACACCAGCUUCGACACCUUCAGCUGGGCCUUCCUGGCGCUGUUUCGCCUCAUGACUCAGGACUACUGGGAGAACCUGUACCAGCUGACCUUACGUGCCGCCGGGAAGACCUACAUGAUCUUCUUCGUCCUGGUGAUCUUCGUGGGGUCGUUCUACCUGGUCAACCUGAUCCUGGCCGUGGUGGCCAUGGCCUACGAGGAGCAGAACCAGGCCACGCUGGAGGAGGCGGAGCAGAAGGAGGCCGAGUUCAAGGCCAUGCUGGAGCAGCUGAAGAAACAGCAGGAGGAGGCCCAGGCGGCCGCCAUGGCCACGUCGGCCGGGACGGUGUCCGAGGACGCGGUGGAAGAAGAAGGCGGCGGCAGGGGGUCUCGCAGCUCCUCGGAGAUUUCCAAGCUCAGCUCCAAGAGCGCCAAGGAGCGGCGCAACCGGAGAAGGAAGCGCAAGCAGAAGGAGCUCUCCGAAGGGGAGGAGAAAGGGGACGACGAGAAGGUGUUCAAGUCCGAGUCGGAGGACGGCUUGAGAAGGAAGGGCUUCCGGCUGCCCGACAACCGGAUCGGGAGGAAGUUCUCCAUCAUGAAUCAGUCCCUGCUCAGCAUCCCGGGCUCCCCGUUCCUCUCUCGCCACAACAGCAAGAGCAGCGUGUUCAGCCUGAAGGGGCCGGGCCGCUUCCGCGACCCGGGGUCGGAGAACGAGUUCGCCGACGACGAGCACAGCACGGUGGAGGAGAGCGAGGGCCGGCGCGACUCCCUCUUCCUCCCCGCGCGGGCCCACGAGCGGCGCAGCAGCUACAGCGGCUACAGCGGCUACAGCCAGGCCAGCCGCUCCUCCCGCAUCUUCCCCGUCCUGCGGCCCGGCACCAAGCGCAGCAGCGCCGUCGACUGCAACGGCGUGGUCUCCCUCAUCGGGGGGCCCGGGGGCCCCGGCCGCUUCCUGCCCGAGGUCAAGGUCGAUAAGGCGGCUCACGACCACAGCGCCACCACCGAGGUGGGAAUCAAGAAGAGGGGCCCCGGAUCACUCCUGGUCUCCAUGGAUCAGCUCAGCGCGUCCUUCGGGCGGAAGGACAGAGCCAACAGCGUCCUGAGCGUGGUGACCAACACCCUGGUGGAAGAGCUGGAAGAGUCUCAGAGAAAAUGCCCCCCGUGCUGGUACAAGUUUGCCAACACCUUCCUCAUCUGGGAGUGUCACCCGCACUGGAUCAAGCUGAAGGAAAUCGUGAACAUGAUCGUCAUGGACCCGUUCGUGGACCUCGCCAUCACCAUCUGCAUCGUCCUCAACACCCUGUUUAUGGCCAUGGAGCACCACCCCAUGACCCCCCAAUUUGAACACGUCUUGACUGUAGGGAAUCUGGUUUUCACUGGAAUUUUCACAGCGGAAAUGUUCCUGAAGCUCAUAGCCAUGGAUCCCUACUAUUAUUUCCAAGAAGGUUGGAACAUUUUUGACGGAUUUAUUGUCUCCCUCAGUUUAAUGGAACUGGGUCUAGCAGACGUGGAGGGGCUUUCCGUGCUGCGAUCUUUCCGAUUGCUCCGAGUCUUCAAGCUGGCCAAGUCGUGGCCGACGCUGAACAUGCUGAUCAAGAUCAUCGGCAACUCGGUGGGCGCCCUGGGCAACCUGACCCUGGUGCUGGCCAUCAUCGUCUUCAUCUUCGCCGUGGUGGGCAUGCAGCUGUUCGGCAAGAGCUACAAGGAGUGCGUGUGUAAGAUCAACCAGGACUGCGUGCUCCCCCGCUGGCACAUGCACGACUUCUUCCACUCCUUCCUCAUCGUCUUCCGCGUGCUGUGCGGCGAGUGGAUCGAGACCAUGUGGGACUGCAUGGAGGUGGCCGGCCAGGUCAUGUGCCUCAUCGUCUUCAUGAUGGUCAUGGUCAUCGGCAACCUGGUGGUGCUGAAUCUGUUCCUGGCCCUGCUGCUGAGCUCGUUCAGCGCCGACAACCUGGCGGCCACGGACGACGACGGGGAGAUGAACAACCUGCAGAUCUCGGUCAUCCGCAUCAAGAAGGGCGUGGCCUGGACCAAGGUCAAAGUGCACGCCUUCGUCCAGGCCCACUUCAAGCAGCGGGAGGCGGACGAGGUGAAGCCGCUGGACGAGCUGUACGACCAGAAGGCCAACUGCCUCGCCAACCACACCGGGGUGGACAUCCGGCGGGACGGCGACGGGCCCAAGAACGGCAACGGCACCACCAGCGGCAUCGGCAGCAGCGUGGAGAAGUACAUCAUCGACGAGGACCACAUGUCCUUCAUCAACAACCCCAACCUGACCGUCCGCGUGCCCAUCGCCGUGGGCGAGUCGGACUUCGAGAACGUCAACACCGAGGACGUGACCAGCGAGUCGGACCCCGAGGGCAGCAAGGACAAACUGGACGACACCAGCUCCUCGGAGGGCAGCACCAUCGACAUCAAACCCGAGGUGGAGGAGGUGCCGGUGGAGCAGCCGGAAGAGUACCUGGACCCCGACGCCUGCUUCACCGAGGGCUGUGUUCAGCGCUUCAAGUGCUGUCAGGUGAGCAUCGAGGACGGACUGGGCAAGUCCUGGUGGACCCUCAGGAAGACUUGCUUCCUCAUCGUGGAGCACAACUGGUUUGAGACCUUCAUCAUCUUCAUGAUCCUGCUGAGCAGCGGGGCUCUGGCCUUCGAGGACAUCUACAUCGAGCAGAGGAAGACCAUCCGGACCAUCCUGGAAUACGCGGACAAGGUCUUCACCUACAUCUUCAUCCUGGAGAUGUUGCUCAAGUGGACGGCCUACGGCUUCGUCAAGUUCUUCACCAACGCCUGGUGCUGGCUGGACUUCCUCAUCGUGGCGGUCUCUCUAGUCAGCCUCAUAGCUAAUGCCCUGGGCUACUCGGAGCUAGGGGCCAUAAAAUCCCUUAGGACUCUAAGAGCUUUGAGACCCUUAAGAGCCUUAUCACGGUUUGAAGGGAUGAGGGUGGUGGUGAACGCCCUGGUUGGGGCCAUCCCCUCCAUCAUGAACGUGCUCCUGGUCUGCCUGAUCUUCUGGCUCAUUUUCAGCAUCAUGGGGGUGAACCUGUUUGCGGGCAAAUACCACUACUGUUUCAACGAGACGUCGGAGGAGCGCUUCGAGAUCGAGAUCGUCAACAACAAGUCGGACUGCGAGAGCCUCAUGUCCGAGAACUCGAGCGAGAUCCGCUGGAAGAACGUGAAGAUCAACUUCGACAACGUCGGGGCCGGCUACCUGGCUCUCCUGCAAGUCGCGACCUUCAAAGGCUGGAUGGACAUCAUGUACGCGGCCGUCGACUCCCGAAAGCCCGACCAGCAGCCCAAGUACGAAGACAACAUCUACAUGUACAUCUACUUCGUCAUCUUCAUCAUCUUCGGCUCCUUCUUCACCCUGAACCUCUUCAUCGGUGUCAUCAUCGACAACUUCAACCAACAGAAGAAAAAGUUCGGAGGGCAGGACAUCUUCAUGACGGAGGAACAGAAGAAGUACUACAACGCCAUGAAGAAGCUCGGUUCCAAGAAGCCUCAGAAACCCAUCCCGCGGCCCCUGAACAACAUCCAAGGCGCCGUGUUCGACUUCGUGACCCAGCAAGCCUUCGACAUCGUCAUCAUGAUGCUCAUCUGCCUGAACAUGGUGACCAUGAUGGUGGAGACGGACACGCAGAGCAAGGAGACGGAGACCAUCCUCUACUGGAUCAACCUGGUGUUCGUCAUCUUCUUCACGUGCGAGUGCGUGCUCAAGAUGUUCGCCCUGAGGCACUACUACUUCACCAUCGGCUGGAACAUCUUCGACUUCGUCGUGGUCAUCCUGUCCAUCGUCGGCAUGUUCCUGGCCGACAUCAUCGAGAAGUACUUCGUGUCCCCGACCCUGUUCCGGGUGAUCCGCCUGGCCCGGAUCGGGCGCAUCCUGCGGCUGAUCAAAGGCGCCAAGGGGAUCCGGACGCUGCUGUUCGCCCUGAUGAUGUCGCUGCCGGCCCUGUUCAACAUCGGCCUGCUGCUCUUCCUGGUCAUGUUCAUCUUCUCCAUCUUCGGCAUGUCCAACUUCGCCUACGUGAAGCACGAGGCCGGCAUCGACGACAUGUUCAACUUCGAGACCUUCGGCAACAGCAUGAUCUGCCUGUUCCAGAUCACCACGUCGGCCGGCUGGGACGGGCUCCUCCUGCCCAUCCUGAACCGGCCCCCGGACUGCGACCUGGAGAGGGAGCACCCCGGGAGCGGCUUCAAGGGGGACUGCGGGAACCCUUCCGUGGGCAUCUUCUUCUUCGUCAGCUACAUCAUCAUCUCCUUCCUGAUCGUGGUCAACAUGUACAUCGCCAUCAUCCUGGAGAACUUCAGCGUGGCCACGGAGGAGAGCGCCGACCCGCUGAGCGAGGACGACUUCGAGACCUUCUACGAGAUCUGGGAGAAGUUCGACCCCGACGCCACCCAGUUCAUCGAGUUCUGCAAGCUGGCCGACUUCGCCGACGCCCUGGAGCACCCGCUCCGCGUGCCCAAGCCCAACACCAUCGAGCUGAUCGCCAUGGACCUGCCCAUGGUCAGCGGCGACCGGAUCCACUGCCUGGACAUCCUCUUCGCCUUCACCAAGCGGGUCCUGGGCGACAGCGGCGAGCUGGACGUGCUGCGGCAGCAGAUGGAGGAGCGCUUCGUGGCCUCCAACCCGUCCAAGGUCUCCUACGAGCCCAUCACCACCACCCUGCGGCGCAAGCAGGAAGACCUCUCGGCGGUGGUGCUCCAGCGGGCCUACCGGGGCCACCUGGCCCGCCGCGGCUUCGUCUGCCGCCGGCCGCCCGCCGACCGGCUGGAGAACGGCGGCGCCCACCCGCCCCGGCGGGAGAAGAAGGAGGGCACCCCCUCCACCGCCUCCCUCCCCUCCUACGACAGCGUCACCAAGCCGGACAAGGACAGGCACGCCCGGGCCGAGGAGGGCCACCGGGAGCGAGCCAAGAGGCCCAGAGACGUCAGGGAGUCCAAGUGUUGAGCCGGGGGGCGGGGGGAG